AUGGCAGGAAUAUUUGAACAAAGCCCUGCUGUUACACCAUCCCCCACAACACAUUCUUCUUCGGGAUCGGUGACGGUACGUUUCAUCUUUGAUACCUGUUUCUCAUCUAGGAGGGGGGCAUUGGGGGGGGGGGGGGUAUUUAAUACUGUAAUACGUCAAGCAAAUUUUGUCAAUAACCGCUGUUUUUGAGUCCAAAAUUGCAAAUACUGCGUACCGCAAGAUUUCCAAUAUCGUAAUACCGCAAUUUUUCAAGGGAAAUACCGAAAUACUGUAAGAAAAAUAAGCUAAUACCGCCAUACUGUAAAUCCCAAUCCCCCCCCCCCCUUUAGUUAACAAAGAACAGUUCAGAUCUAAUCAAGCUUUUCUGUUAAAUUUUAGUAAUUCCCUGCAUGUAGCUAAUUUUAUGUAAUACUCAUUAAUUAACCCAUUAUUAAGCUGCAGAGUUCCCCAUUGACGAGUGAAAUUGUCUGGCAUUAGACAAGUAAAAAAAGUAGGGCGCACUGGGGCGCCUUGCGGCUCAAUGGGUUGACUAGUGACAUUGUCAGAUUUUUUGGUUAAUUAAGCUGCAAAGGUUCCCCAUUGACGAGUAAAAUUGUCUGGCGUUAGACCAGUAAAAAAGAUAGGGCACAUUGCAGCUCAGUGGGUUAAGUUGCAAUAUUGCAUCCUAAUGUGCCCAGCACUAAUUAUUAUAAUUUUACCCUGUCUGAUGCCAAAUGAUUUGCAGAUCAUCAAAGGGAGAACGCGCUCUGGUACUCAGAGGGUUUAUAUAAACAUAAAAUUUGAAGUACAUGUGUUUGCAUAUGAUUUUUGUUAGGGAUUUGAUUGGCCUUUGUCGUGGAACAGUCAUGCCCAAGGACAGCUUUUAAGAUCUGUUGUAAGUAUUGAAGUGUUAAUUACUUUGGUGCAGGCAUAGUGGGAUGUUUAAAUUAAAUAUGGGAUUUUUCUGCUCUUGCUUUUAAACAUGUACAAACUUCUUCAGGUGAAUCAGAAUGGUGGUAAAAAUAUGAUUAUAGUAUUAUUAAUUUUCUAGUCAGAUCAUCUAGCUACGCCAACAUCUAGAAGACAACAGGACAACCCGUUGUUCAAUAAAUGGCGUACUGCACUGCGUUGCAAACAAAAUGUUGGCACGCAGGAAUGGAUAAACUGCAAACAGUCACCUUGUGUACAACUUCGCGAUGAGCUACAUCACUUGCUUGAGUGUCGUUAUCGUCACAUUGGUGGCUGCAAGAACAGGUGUAUACAUUUGAGAGAGGAGCUCCAAAAAUAUCGGGAACUCUUACCAAAAUAUCCAACAAUCACAGAUGAGCAACUACAGGCUAGGUUUGUUCAUUUUUCAUUUAGUUGUAUCUCCUGUACACGUCUGACUGUCGGAGAGUUGAUACUUCAAUUCACCUGAUCUUCAUUUGUUCAUAGGCAAAUUCUCGAAAGUGACGAGCUACAAGCCAAGUUACAAGCAUUAACAAUACACAAUUAUGUCAGAAAUUGUACCUAUUCUCCGACUUCGCCUAAUGUAGAAGAACCUUUUCAGUUGUUUGCUAAAAAAGGGCGGGGAAAUGAAGAUCAAGAGAGUUUGGUGCGUGUUGAGGAACUGAUACCCCUUGAUCAG